AUUCUAAAUUUAAAACCGGUCCUUUGCCGGGUCUAUAAAGGAGCUCAGCUCUAACACUGGUGUCCAGUAAGAGGACUGACCAAGCACAAAAAUCUCACCGUCAUCAUCUUCUACUAUUGGUUCUGCGACACGCACCGAUGGUCGAUUCGCAGAAGAGAGUGGUGGUGUGCACUCCACUAGAAUGUGAAACGGCAGCGGAAAUGCUAUCUUCCAUGGAGAAAGCAAGAGAAGAAGGUGCAGACCUUGUUGAAUUUCGCAUUGAUUCCAUGUCAUUCUCUCACAUUUCUCAGCUCCACAAACUCUUUCAACUCAGAACUCUCCCUGCCAUCGUUUCCUUCAGGGCGGAUUCAUGGAAUGCCUCAAGCAGCGAGGACCGCAACACCAGCACAUGUCUGCAAGUGAUGAGAUUGGCUGUCGACCUAAACGUUGAAUUUGUCGAAAUGGACUACGAGUGUAAAGUAGGCUCUUAUUAUCGACUCGAAUCAAAUGGAACUCUUCAGGUUGCUUCUGAUACCAACAUGGCUGAAUGUGUAUACAAUAGACCCAAUAGCAAGUUAAUUGUUUCGAGCUACGUGAAUGGUGGGAAACCUUCGCCGGAGAAACUCGGUAAUCUGAUUGCUUGUAUGCAGUCUACCGGAGCAGAUGUGAUUAAGCUAGUAAUCAAUGUGGAGUAUAUCACAGAUUUGGCUUCUGUUUUUAAGAUUCUUGCUCAUUGCCAGGUUCCAUUGAUUGCUCUUGCAGUGGGCAGUAGAGGGCUCAUAAGCCAGCUUUUGGGGCCAAAAUUUGGUGGGUUUCUGGUGUACGGAUCUUUGGGAGACAAGACAGUUCCUGGCAUGCCAACUCUGUUCAGUCUUAGACAUGUUUAUAAGCUUGAAUAUAUAAAUGCAGAAACAAAAGUUUUUGGUCUAAUUUCAAAUCCAGUUGGCCAUAGUAAAGGUCCUAUUCUGCAUAAUCCUGCCUUCAGACACACAGGAUAUAAUGGAAUUUAUGUCCCCAUGCAAGUGGAUGAUAUCAAAGCAUUCUUUAGAACUUACACAGGCACUGACUUUGCAGGUUUUAGUGUUGGAAUCCCACACAAGGAAGCGGCAGUUGGGUGCUGCGAUGAAGUCCAUCCACUGGCCAAGUCUAUAGGAGCUGUGAACACUAUAGUAAGGAGACCUACUGAUGGCAAGCUGGUUGGUUAUAAUACAGAUUGUGAGGCUUCUAUUAGUGCAAUAGAGGAUGCCCUCAGAGAAAGACAGGCUACCAACGGAGGAGGAUCAGAUGCUUCACCUCUAGCUGGGAAAACUUUUGUGUUGGUUGGGGCAGGAGGUGCAGGAAGAGCACUUGCUUUUGGUGCCAAAAGUAGAGGAGCUCAUGUCAUUGUUUUCAACCGCAACUAUGAGAGAGCAAAAUCUCUCGCACAUGCAGUUUCAGGAAAAGCACUCCCAUACGAAAGUCUGGAGAAAUUCCGCGCAGAAAAAGUGAUGAUACUUGCAAAUGCUUCUGCGGUUGGAAUGGAACCUAAUUCAGACCAAACUCCUGUCUCGAAGGAGGCUUUAAAAGCGUAUGAGUUGGUAUUCGAUGCGGUUUACACCCCCAGAAACACAAGGCUCUUGCAAGAGGCUAAGGAGGUUGGUGCAAUCGUGGUGAGCGGACUUGAGAUGUUCAUCAGGCAGGCCAUUGGUCAAUUCAGACUGUUCACUGGUGGCUUAGCUCCAGAGGCAUUCAUGCGCAAGCUGGUCUUGGAGCAGUUCUAAAUGUUACGCCUCGCCAUGGUCAUUGCAAUUUAAGAAGAUAAAUUUCUUUGCAACUGUUUGUCUAAUCUAUUGAAAUAAUUGAAGUGCGCCAGUUUCCUGCUUGCUGCCUUUAAUUUCUCAAGUACAGUCCAGACUGGUUUAAAUUUUCUAUGAACUUUCGUAAAUAAAAUGUGUUGAGAAAGAAGCUAGUCAUCUACCUGAGAUGCCUACUGUAAUCACUAAGGUACACCUGUUGCCUUAUUUCAGAAUAAGAUUUUCAAAACAUUUGAUGCAA